AUGGGAGGAAAUGCUGAGUUACCUGAAGAACCAAAUACCAGGUCUACUCCAGCCUUGCAAGCAGAAACCCGUCUUUCUGUCCAAUCUCAGCUGUUGCCGCAUCAAUUGUCCAUCCAAACUGGGACCAAUCAGCCCCGUCGCACCAUGGCAUCAAUUCUCGGCAACCUCCAGAGGUCGGUUGCCCUUGAUGAGGCUGAAGAUGCUGCAGACGAAGUCGAAGAUCCACCAAUCGAACCUGGUCCCUCUCAAGGUCGUUUUCCAAAUCAGAAUGCGGACAACCAAUCGGUUCCGGGACCAAGACGAGAACCAACCGGAAACCAAAAGGGAAAGUCAACUGUUGCAGCUGCAUUCAAAUCAUCGGCCGACAAAAAAUUCUCCUACCUCGACAAGCAUAUGGCUAUGGAAGAGCCCGAUGCCAAGUUACGUAUGGCUGAAAAGCUGAUGAGUGAGGGACGAAGCGCUGCUGAGAUUGAGAUCAUCAUGAGAUGUGCAUUCUAG